UGUGACAGUGACAGGGUUGCAAGGCCAAUUUCCAUUCUAUAUCCGAAAGCACACAAUCCAGUUUCGUUAAACUUCACAAUCGGAGUCGUUUAUAUUUCCAUAAUCCAGGCUGACACUGUAGGGCGUCCGGGCAUUCAUGAAGCUGAAUGUGUCUGAGGCGCUCGCAGCAAGGCGAAAUUUAGCACCAUCAGCUCCAACUGGAUUGGACUAACGGCGGUUCAUCGGCAAGUCCCGAACCUUUGAAAGCUUCAACUUUUGAAUCGCGACAGCUCGAAUCCGAUCUGAGUGCUCCAUUGAAUUGUUGCAAACACCGCCAGUUCACAGUUACAAGUGCAAAGAUCGAGCGUUCUCUCGAACCACAGUCACGAUGGGCUGGUGGGGAAGUCUUUGGUCUUCGAGCUCAACCCAGGAUCCAUUGAGCAAGCUUGACCCCAAGCUCCGCGAAUUCCUCGAGAAGGAAUCUCCCGUAAAAUACAAAUCUCAACCUGCAGCGAAACCACAAUCAGCUCACGCUCCACAAACUACCUGCCGUGACAAGCCUACAGUGCCCAAGGAAUCCGAAUUCCAAGAUGGCCGAUAUGCGCAUUUGUGGAAGAACUACCGGCCACUUGCCGAGGUGGAGAACGAGACGAAGAGCGACCACGAGAAGCUGAUGGACGUGUUGGAGGGUUACAAGGAGCGGCGGUCGCAGAUUGGCCGGGCUGCGCUUGAAAAUUGUGCCAUGGAGCAAUUCGACUGGCGCACUUGUAUGAUGAAUCCAAGUGUCUCUGAACGCAUGACCUUGUGUCGCACACAAGUCAGGAAGUUCGAGAAAUGCUAUAUGACGCAGACGAGACUGCUUAAAGCGCUGGGAUACCUUUCAAUGAACGACCGAUCACCCGAAGUCGAAGAAGAGAUCCAAAUGCAUGCCGACACGCUAUACCACCGCAUGCUUGAACAAGAAGCUCAAAUCGAAGCUGCCAAAGAAAAGGGCGAACCUGUACCCACGUUCCCACCACUAAUAAUCAAGAACGCCACAGCGCCAGUGGAGGUGGAGUUGACGCCCGCGCAACAGGAACAGUUGAAGGCAAGACUAGAAAAAGUAGCCGAGGAAGACCGAUAUGCGGAGGAGGUUUCCUAUAAGGCUGAGAUGCGCGCAAGGGCUGAGACGGCUGAAAAGCUGCAGGCCCUGUGGAAGAAGCAAGAAGACGAGAGGCAACAACGGAAAAUGGAGGGCAAGGAGACAAUAUGGGAUAAAGCCACUGGAGCUUUCAGGUCCAACGCUCCAGAGGAGAAGAAAUAAAACGGACUCAUGACCUCUCUACCACCGCGUCCUCACUAUAUUAGGGAGAUGUUCUGUUUCGGGUCGCGAGGUCUUUACCUUGACCUCGGAGCUAUAGAAGAUAUGCGCUGUGCCAAUCUAGCAAGAUCACCACUUAUGUAUACUGUAAAUUAUUAUCGUUAAGCACGGCGUAUGAAUGAUACCAAACCCCGGGCGUGACGGGAAGGUUGUUGGGAAGGAAGGACAACCUAGGGCAAACCGAUAGCCCACUCCAUAGUUAUUUCUGUCCUGGCAGGGCCACAGGACCCCUAUAACUCGGAAAUAAAAUCUCUUUCUGACCUAUCUACCUUCCUUGCGCAUCAAUGUCCUUGACCGCG